ACUCGACCUUUCAUUCUAAUCACCAUGGCCCCCACCCAAAACCCCCGGGAGGCAUUGCUCUGGGCCUUGAGUGACCUUGAGGAGAAAGAUUUCAAGAUAUUAAAAUUCCACUUACGGAAUAUGACCCCACCUGAUGGCCAGCCCCACCUGGCCCGAGGGGAGCUGGAGGGCUUGAGCCAAGUCGAUCUGGCACAUCUGUUGAUUUUAAAGUAUGGAGAACAGGAUGCUGUGAGAGUGGUGCUCAAGGGCUUGAAGAUCAUGAACUUGUUGGAACUUGUGGACCAGCUCAGUCACAUUAGUCUGCAUGAUUACAGAGAAAUAUACCGAGAACAUAUGCGCUGCCUGGAGGAACUGCAAGAAGGGGGAGUCAAUGGCUGCUAUAACCAGCUGCUCCUGGUGGCCCGGCCAAGCUCAGAGGACCCUGAAUCACCUGCCUGCCCCAUUCCGGAGCAGGAGCUGGACUCUGUCAUGGUGGAGACUCUAUUUGGUUCGAGGGAAAAGCCCUGCCCGGCUCCAUCCUUAGUGGUGCUCCAGGGGUCUGCUGGCACUGGAAAGACAACUCUGGUCAGAAAAAUGGUGCUUGACUGGGCCACGGGUACCCUAUACCCAGGCCAUUUUGAUUAUGUCUUUUAUGUGAGCUGCAAAGAAGUGGUCCUGCUGCCAGAGAGCACACUGGACCAGCUUCUCUUCUGGUGCUGCGGGGACAGUCAAGCCCCUGUUAGAGAGAUUGUGAGGCAGCCAGAGCGGCUCCUCUUUAUCCUGGAUGGCUUUGAUGAGCUGCAGAGGCCCUAUGAAGAAAAUUGGAAGAAGAGGGGGUCGAAUCCCAAGGAUGACUUGCUGUACCUUCUAAUUAGGAGACAUAUCCUUUCUACAUGCUCCCUUCUCAUUACCACCCGGCCCCUGGCUUUGCAGAAUCUGAAGCCCUUGCUGGAUAAAGCGUGCCACAUCCAUGUCCUAGGCUUCUCUGAAGAGGAGAGGUGGAGGUAUAUCAACGCCUAUUUUACAAAUGAGGAGCAAGCCAGAGAUGCCUUUGCCAUUGUACAAAAAAAUGCUUUUCUCUACAAAGCGUGUCAGGUUCCAGGAAUUUGCUGGGUGGUCUGCUCCUGGCUGAAGGGGCAGAUGGAGAGAGGCAAGGAAGUCUUAGAGACACCCAGGACCAGCACUGACAUCUUCAUGGCUUAUGUCUCCACCUUCCUGCCACCCAAUGAUGAUGCAGGCUGCUCCCAGCUUUCCCGGCACAGGGUCCUGCAGAGUCUAUGUUCCCUGGCAGCUGAGGGGAUCCAGCACCAGAGGUUUCUGUUUGAAGAAGCUGAGCUCAGGAAACACAAUUUAGAUGGCUCCAAGCUUGCAGCUUUCCUGUGCAGCAACGAUUAUCAAAAGGGACUUGACAUCAAGAAGUUCUACAGUUUCCGCCACAUCAGCUUCCAGGAAUUUUUUCAUGCGAUGUUCUAUCUGGUGAAAGAGGACCAGAGACAGCUGAGGGAAGAGUCCUGCAGAGAAGUAAAAAGGCUGUUGGAGGUAACAGAACAGAAAGAAGACGAGGAGAUGACACUCAGUUUACACUUUUUAUUGGAUGUACUGAAAAAAGAGAGCUCCACGAAUUUGGAGCUUCAGUUCUGUUUCAAGAUUUCACCCUGUAUAAUGCAAGAUCUGAAGCAUCUUAAAGCACAGGUGGAAUCUAUGAAGCAUAACAGGACUUGGGAUUUGGAAUUCUCCUUGUAUGAGUCUAAAAAGAAGAAUAUGGUAAGAAGUGUUCAGAUGAGUAGCGCGUUGUUCAAGGUGAAACAUUCAAAUGAAAGGAAAUCUCAUAGCAGGAAUGGAUUUCAUGUUAAAACCAGCUUGAGUCAUGGACAGAAAGAGGAGCAAAAAUGUCUUUUUGUGUGCAAAAGAAAUAUAGCAGGAACACCAAAGGAGGCCUCUAAUGGAAAAGGUGGAGGAACAGAGGAACUAGAAGACGAUGUUGGGAGCAGUGGGAUGGGAAGCAGAAAAUGGGACAAUAGCACAGAUGGGUCAAAAGAAUGA